CCUGGCGCCGUGUUGGAAGAGGCGACGUGCGCGCCCCCGAGUCCCCUUAGGCCGAGCGGCGGCCGGUGAAUGAUUUUUCCCAGCAGCCCCUGCGCCGGCUGCCUCCUCCUGCGCUCCCCGGACUGAACAUGGCGUUCACGUUCGCGGCCUUUUGUUAUAUGCUGGCUCUGCUUCUCACCGCGGCGCUCAUCUUCUUCGCCAUCUGGCAUAUAAUUGCAUUCGAUGAACUGAAAACAGACUACAAAAAUCCUAUAGACCAGUGUAACACGCUGAAUCCAUCAUUUGAAAAGCUGAAAAAGAUUAAAAGAGUGAAAAUUGCACUCAAGCUUGUGCUUCCAGAGUAUCUCAUCCAUGCGUUCUUCUGUGUCAUGUUUCUAUGUGCUGCGGAAUGGCUCACUCUCAGUUUAAACAUGCCGCUGCUGGCAUACCACAUUUGGAGGUAUAUGAGCAGACCGGUGAUGAGCGGGCCCGGCCUGUAUGAUCCCACCACUAUUAUGAAUGCAGAUAUUCUGGCAUACUGUCAAAAGGAAGGAUGGUGCAAACUAGCUUUUUACCUGCUCUCAUUUUUCUACUAUCUUUAUGGCAUGAUUUACGUUCUGGUGAGCUCAUAAGGCGGCGGAAGAAGUUGGCUCAAGCUAUUUGCAUGCAAACUAUAAACACUAUAGGCAUUUGAUCCGACAAGAUCCUACCACAAUGUCCAACGAGGUCCCUGGAAGACAAGUACUUGAGAGGGAAACACGACUUCCUAGUUUUUAACAGAUCCAGUUUUGUGACGAUGGGAAGUCUUUUUUGUUUUAUGAAGACUGGGAAAUU